AUGAACGGAUACCCAAAUUGCUCUGCUAACCACACUAAAAUUUGGAAUCAUUAUCUAGUGCUUGCACUGGGCAUCCCUCAAGUGACCAUUAACAUAGCAUCUGUGGUCUUCAACUGCACAGUCAUCUUCACCAGACUGGUGACAAAAGAUCUGCACAAGCCUAUCUCUAUACUCUUCUGCAAUUUGGCUCUUUCUGACCUCUUAACCAGCUUUUCUGGCUUUUGGAUUUCGAUGCUGUUCAUCACCAAUCCUGACACUACAAUCUUUGGAUCCAAGGAUAUGCUCACACCUUAUGCCUUGUAUACUAUGUCUAUUUUAUCCACCAUCUAUAACUUGGUGAGCAUUGGAAUUGAACGCUAUCUGGCUGUGGCUGAAAGCAUGAGGACGAGGUUCAGGGUUGCUAGAAACCAUUGCAUCAUUGUCGUUUUUAUUAACUGGGUCCUUGCUUCCUUUUUGGGCUCCUUGCCAUUGAUGGGGUGGAACUGCUUGGAUAUGGAAAAAAACAUCUCUGUCCUCUACAGUCCAUUUUGUGUCAACUACCUCAUCUUCAUCGCUGUCCCCAAUGCUGUAGUGGCUUUUAUUUUACCUCUGUUCGCUUACCUCAGAAUCAUUAUCAUCUUGAGGAAAAGAAAGCUGAGAAUGAAAGCUCAUGGACAAGCUACCGGCACCUACAAAUCAGCCGAAAUCCAGGUUGCCAGAACCAGUGUUUUUAUCUGGCUCCUGGCUUUGAUCUCCUACGCUCCCGUUUUCGCAGGAGUCAUCCUCGAUGCAACUAACCACCAGUGCCACAUCGAUCUCUACCCGGACAUCUACAUCUUCCGAAACUGCACGGCCAUGCUGAUAACCAUGAACUGCUUGGGAAACCCCAUAAUAUACACCCUGAAACCCAAAACGCUGGGGGCUAAACUCAAGUCUCUGAAAUGCCUUUCCACCAACCGCGUCCGAGCCUGCACCAUCGAGAACAUCUAA